AUCAAUCUUAAAUGUCACUUCAAAUAAAUUCCUUGAAUCAUGAUAACAUAUGAAAUAUAAAAAAGGCACCUUGUUUUUAUGGAUUCUCAUCUUAAUUAUAUUGAUUAUUUACUAUCAUUACCGUAUUGAUAAUGUAAAGAUUAAAACGCUUAAUACAACUAUUAUUAAUAUUAAGAAUGAAAUACAAAUUCAGAUCAAAAUUCAAAAUCAAAUUCGUCAUGAACUAUUCAUGUUAGAAGAUAAAAAUAAAGUUUCAAUUGUGCUUCCAAUAUUGAUAUUUGCUUGUAAUCGAAAUACAAUUACCAGAACUCUAGAUCAAUUGCUAAAGUUUAGGCCUUCAAAAACACAAUUUCCUAUUUAUGUUAGCUUAGGGUGCUUAGAAAGCGAUAUUGAAAAGAGUUUACAUUUUUAUCAAGAUGAAAUCACUAUAUUAAUACAUACACCAUUAAGUUAUGAUUAUAAUAGCAAAAUAUCUUUUUCCUUAUGGGGUUAUUACAAAAUAUCAAGGCACUAUAAUUGGUCAUUAACCCAAAUGUUUGGUGUAAAAAAAUUUGAGGCUGUUAUAAUUGUUGAAGAUGAUUUUGACAUUUCUCCAGACUUUUUUGAGUAUUUUCAUGCUACUUAUUCACUUUUACAAAUGGACCCUACAAUAUGGUGCAUAUCUUGCUGGAAUGAUAAUGGACUUGCAAAUUUAACCAUCAAUGAUCCUGCUUUAUUACAUAGAUCUGAUUUUUUCCCCGGUCUUGGGUGGCUUUUAUCUGAAAAAAUUUGGCACGAAUUAAGGUCUAAAUGGCCUGAUGCUUUUUGGGAUGACUGGAUGCGAAGGCCGGAUGUAAGACUAGGCAGAGUAUGCAUUAGACCAGAAAUAUCUAGGGUUUACACAUUUGGGGUAGAUGGAGUUAGUCGCGGACAAUAUUUUGAAGAACAUUUGUCGAAAAUAAUGCUCAACAUUAGAUUCGUACACUUUAAGCAAAUGACCAAUUCAUUAAUGGGACUACUUAAGAAAAAUUAUGAUCCAAAAUUCCUAAAUGAUGUUUAUAAUGAAUCUGAAACAAUUACGUUAGCAAGUUUACUUCGCAAACACCCACUUGAAUUAGGUCGAGAGCCUCUAAACCAACGCUUAAAGGAUAAUCGUUUAAUUAAACCCAGCUACAAAAUUAUUUAUCAUAAUCAAUUGCAUUUUGAAAAAUUAACAAAAACUUUAGGACUUAUGUCAGAUUAUAGGGGUGGCGUUUCAAGAACUUCCUAUUUAGGUAUAGUAUCGUUUGUUCAUAGAGGGCAUAAAUUACAUUUGAUUCCAAUGAUGCAAAGCAUAUUAUAUGAAUAAAAUAUAAACUCUUUGUUAAAAUAAUCGAUUUUUAUUAUAAAUUAUAUAUUCAUUUAUACAUAUGUUAUUAUUUUUUAAAUUGGGUGCAAAAUAAAUUAAA